GCUCGGACGCGGGCGGGGGGCGGGGAGCGCCUCCGAGUGACGCGCCCUCCUCGCGGUGCCCUUCAGCCGCCGCCGCAGCUCGCCGGGCGCCACAUGGACUCGGCCGGCCCGAGCGCGCCCCGCCGCUGACCGCCCGCGCGCGACCCGGGAAGGAAGGACACUCACUCCCGGCCACACGCGCAUGUGAGUUCCAACCCUUGGAGGAGCCGCUGUGGAAUCAGAGCAGUCGUCAUGGAGUUCGUGAUGAAGCAGGCCCUGGGAGGGGCUACCAAGGACAUGGGGAAGAUGCUCGGGGGUGACGAGGAGAAGGACCCAGACGCCGCCAAGAAGGAGGAGGAGCGGCAGGAGGCCCUGCGCCAGGCGGAGGAGGAGCGCAAGGCCAAGUACGCCAAGAUGGAGGCGGAGCGUGAGGCCAUGCGCCAGGGCAUCCGGGACAAGUACGGCAUCAAGAAGAAGGAGGAGCGCGAGGCCGAGGCCCAGGCCGCCAUGGAGGCCAACUCGGAGGGGAGCCUGACGCGGCCCAAGAAGGCCAUCCCGCCGGGCUGCGGGGACGAGGUCGAGGAGGAGGACGAGAGCAUUCUGGACACCGUCAUCAAGUACCUGCCCGGGCCGCUGCAGGACAUGCUCAAGAAGUAGCCCCGCGCGGGACUCGGCCCCGCGGAGCCCCCGCCCGCCCCCAACAGACCUGCCGCGGAGGCCCCCAGGGACGAGCAGCGUGCAGCCCCCAUGCGAUAUAAGCCAUAUAGCCCCAGGCCCGCCCGCCCGCGCCCCUCCCGCCGCCUCCCCACCCGGCCAGCGGCGCGCGCCCCCAGGGCCCCUAAGUCCGCCGCGGGCCGGGGAUCAGCCCCGCGCUCCUCUGCCCGCGGGUGGCUGGACCCCCAGCGCCUGGGACGCCCCUUCCUCUCGCAGUUUACCACCCACCCAGCCGCGCCCAAGGCCAGGGCCGCCGCAAGGGCAGCCCCCGCGACCACCCCUGUGCGCGCCGUCCGCGGCGGUGGGGCCUAUCGGGGCCACACUCAGGAGCACAGCCAUAGGAAAUGGGGGGUGCGGCCGGGGCCUGGGCCCCCUCCCGAGCGCGGACUCCGGGGUCCGGACGACGCCGCCCCGAGUGGAGUGUUCGCGUUCGCGCGUGGCCGGUGUGCACCCCCAGGGCUGCCCCCCUCGCACCCCUGUCCGUUUGUCUGUCCCAGUCCUCCCCUCUCCUCUCUCUGGAAGGUUUUGCCUCUUGCGAACGCCACGGCCAUGUUCACUUCUAAACUAAAGGAAACAAAGCAAUAGCUCUGGGGGGCUCUUGGCCCCCACCCCCGUCACCCCGCUCUUCCCGAGUCCUCGACCCAUCCCCCCGCCCCCGCCCGGCCUCCUGCCUCUCCGCCGACGCGGCUGCUGCUUCUCCCUGGGGAGGACCUUGCCUUCGCUGUCGAACACCGCACCCCCCACACGAGCCGCAGAGGCCCGAGGCACCCGGGGGAGAGGCGCUCCGGACGCUGGAGACCCCGCGCUCCGGCCCAACACCUCCUCCGAGCGUGGCCAGCCCCUCGGGAGGGGCCUGCGGGGUUCCCUGCGUGGAGCCGGCGCGAGUGCGGCCGAAUCCACCUGGCGGACCUGCGCGGCGGCCCCCGAGCCCUUGGUUCUCCUCCAUCCAUGUUUAAUUUGCAUCACAAUUUGUUGAAUCUCAGGUAAAUGAGGUCUUUGCAUUUAAUGAGUUUUAUCUUGACAGGCGUUGCCUCGGCGCCCCGGGCCCUUUCCGUCCACAUCAAAAAUGCAUUAAGUCUCCAUGUGUUUCGCGCCAGGGCGUGGCUUGGCAUUGACCUUCAUGACCUUACAUAGCUUUAGAGAAGCCAUAACGUUAGACUGCAAUACUAACCACCGACGCCCCUCCGGGCAGAUGCCACCGCGCCCCUGUGCCCUGGCGACGCGGCCGGCGGGGACGUGGCUGUCCGUCCUGCUCGCCCUGUGCCCUCUCACUGACUUCUCCCGGGUCGUGUCUUUUAAAAACUCCUGUCUUCACACCUUACAAAGCCAGCUCUGAGCAGACAGGGUGUCCUCUCCUAGAAUCUGCGCACCCCGUUCCCAGCGCAUGGCGCCCCGGGCCGCCGAGCUUAGCCUAGACCGUGGUGUCCUCUGUCCGUUUGUCCUGCGCCUGCGCCUCCUCCUGCAUGUCGGGGCCCCUGCCUGUGUUCUCUCCGGAUGGAAUCACAGCCAAUAAACUCCAGUGAUUUCA